GGUGUCGGUUGUAUAAAAAAACGUCGCUAAAGUGAUAGUUACAGGUUGUUGAUGAACGGCGAGAUUUAGUGAAAACCUGCAGGUUUUUCACAUCUGUUCGCGAAAACUCGGGUAUUGUUAGUAAGUGUAACGCUUGCAGUCAUAAACCGUGACACACGAGACGCAAACAUGGGCGGGGGGUCUUAAAAACACCCGCCUUGAUGUUGUCAUGAGCGGAAAGCAGUCACCGGGUCAGAAAGGCGACAGGGGAACUUUACAGGUCUGUCCUGAGGAAACCUCGGACACUUUAUUCACGCAGAACCAAAUGGAAACCGAGCCGCUGUUAUCCGAACGCAGAAAGCGUGACUCGGUUGAUUACGGCUCUCGACAUGACUCUCAUUCUGACUCCCAGUCUGACUCUAAGGAGACGAGUCGACUCUCUGAUUCACACAGCAGGGACUCUGUCCAUGUCCAAGAACGUGAUGAAGACCUGUACAUCCAGCAAGCGGUUGUGUUUAUCGAAGAUGCCAUUCAGUAUCGGUCCAUCAAUCACAAGGUUGACUUGAGAUCUUUGAGCUUAUACAGAUGGUAUUACUCCAGGAUAUAUCAGUGGGGUCUUGGUUUUACCAUUGCUAUAAUUCUGGCUCUGGCCUUUGUGGAGAAACCUUCUUCGAUCACAUACACAUCAGACCCCCGCUUCAGGCCUGAGCCCUGGGAGCCGCCGUGCGGCCUGCCCGAGGCCAUAGAGAUGGUCUGUCUCUGCAUCUUCAUCUUAGACAUAGUAGUCAAGAGCUAUCUGAUUGGAUGGGAGGAGUUCUGUACGAAUAAAUGGCUGAUCGGCUACGUGCUGGUCAUAGCGGUCUCCGUCAUCGACUGCAUAAUCUCUUUUGCCAUGCUGUGUGAUCCGACCAUACGAGUCAGGAGACUGAUUCGGCCAUUUUUCCUCUUGCAAAAUUCCUCCUUAAUGAAGAAAACUUUAAAAUGCAUCAAGAGGACAAUUCCUGAAAUAGCAAGCGUGAUCCUGCUUCUGGCACUGCACUUGUGCUUAUUCACCAUGAUUGGGAUGCUGAUCUUCCCCAGAUCUGAGGACUCGUCGAAGAACGGGGAAUGGGAAUCUUACUUCAGAAACCUGCCUAAAGCCUUGUCCUCUCUGCUUGUGCUGCUGACGACUGCUAACAACCCAGACGUGAUGGUUCCUGCGUACUCACUGAAUCGGGGAUACACCAUAUUUUUUAUACUUUUCAGCGUAUGUGGAACCUACAUCUUGAUGAAUUUACUCACUGCUAUUAUCUACAACCAGUUUCGAGGCUAUUUGCUGAUGUCAGUGCAGGCCUCCAUAUUAAGGAGGCGUUUGGGGAUCAGAGCCGCGUUUAAGGUGCUGUGCUGUCCGGGUCAAAGCCACGACGACGGAGCUGAAGAUCACGCAAAGAGGGUUCGAGUAGGCACGGUGCUGCAGGUCAUGAGAAAAGUGCAGAUGACCUCAUACUACAGACAAGCUGUCAUUAAGGCUGCUCAAGAAUUUCCUGAUGGUUUUAUUGAUGGAGAAGCCUUUCAGAGGCUGUUUGAUGAACUGGAUAAGGAGCACAUCAAAGAGCACCCACCGAAUCCACAAUACAGCUCCUCGAUUCUACAGUCAGUCCAGAAAGUGUGCAGUCAUUACUACCUCACCGUGGUGGGAAACGUCGUGGCCCUCACCAACGUCAUCUGCAUCUGCACCAUCUUAGUGCUGGAUUCAGAAAAGACUGUAAUCGAGAGGAAUGAUUACUACAUGGAGGUCAUUAAUUGGGCUUUUAUCAUCUACUACCUGAUAGAGAUGAUACUGAAGCUGAUUGCCUUUGGUUGGAAAGGCUACCUCUCUUACAGAAAUAAUGUCUUCGAUGGGUUCUUCACCAUCCUUCUGCUGAUCCUUCAGGUUACUAUUUUUGUCGUGUUCAGGAUCACUGACCCAAAAUCGAUGACUGGUCAGCUCGGGGGAAUAUCGCUGUGGGAAUUGGUGCGACUGGUCAACAUGCUGAUUGUCUUCCGUUUCCUCAGGAUCAUUCCAGAAAUUAAGUUGAUGGCUCUGGUGGCUAGCACUCUUGUGGACCUUGUGAAAAACCUGCGAGCUUUUGCCGGGAUUCUGGUGGUGGUGUACUAUGUGUAUGCUGUGAUUGGUAUCUGGCUUUUCCAAGGAGCUAUUACUCCUCCGGUCGCAAGUGUGGCCAACUCAAGUAGUGAGAAUAGUACAUCCAACUUCACCAUGGAGUGUGGAUCCUACGAACAGCUGGAGUAUUGGCCAAACAACUUCGAUGACUUUGCUUCAUCUCUAGUUCUCCUCUAUGACGUGAUGGUGGUGAAUAACUGGCAGGUUUUUAUGGACGCCUAUACAAGAUACACCACUGAGUGGUCGAAGGUGUACUUUGUUUCCUGGUGGUUCACCUCGUCUGUCAUGUGGGUCAAUCUGUUUGUUGCGCUCAUUUUGGAGAACUUCACUUACAAAUGGGACAAAAGCCAUGCGAUGAGCGUAUCGGAUGUGGAAAGAACAAGCUAUGAGACCACAGUGCACGUGAUGUUCAGAGAUCAAAUCCAAGAACCCAGUCUUGAAGACGUAGAGAACCAACUCCAGUGUCUUCCACAUCUCCAUUUCCCUGGCUGGUCGCUUCAAUCACACAGCCCUUAACGGCAGCGACACACACAUCUGCUCUUCACCGCAUGUUUACGUUUUAGGUGCGGAGGCACGAAGACUUCCAUGGUCUUGAUGUUGGGGUUAGUGCAGAAGACAGUGUCACGUUGCUGCUCAGUUUUCUGUUAAACACAUGUUCGAGACAUGGCACUGUUUUAAAAUGCCAGAGACUUUUUAUUAUUAUUUUUAAAUGUAUUUAUUUUUUAAUUAGAAACGCUCUAGUACUAAACUAUCUCAUUUACGAAAAGGGAAAUUAUACGGGUUUUUUUUUUUUGGUUUUGAAACGAAUGCUUUAACUAGAUAAUGACUUUCAUGGACAAAAUGAAUCCAUCCAACCGGGUCUUAGGUUCAAAAAACAGAAAUAAAAGAAAUGAUUUGCAUAAGUUUUCAACCCCCUUGAAUGUUUCCGCAUUAUGACGUAAUCUAAAACUGAAAGCUGAUUGCAUAUCAUGCAGCUAUAGGAUACAAAAUGGUCUACAGCUAUAAAAUGUAAGUUGUUGUAGAUUCUAUUCUAGUGAUAUGAGUUCUGGUGACUAGUUAUGAUUUAUAAACCCAAUUAAAACGACUUCAGAUUCCGUUUGUAACAAUCCAGAGUAGAGAAAUGAGCAACGGGGAGUGAAAACUUAGCAACAUUUGUCUGAAUGGUGAAUUAUGAAUGCCACCACUUUCGUUGCUUUACUACUUCUCGGUCGCUCGACUACUCCUUUACUAGAAGCAAUGUAGAGCUCAAACGAAGGCAGCAGACGUCACGGGCUGGAACAUGUGUGCUGAAAUCACCCUGAAGCUGCUCCAGAAGCUCUUCCAUGCAACCCAGACUGUGUGUUGGUGCUGAGAUGGGAACGUGAAGAUCUGGACAGGUUUGCUGCUGAAAUGUAGAAUGUAUUGAGGUGCUUUAAUACUCAACAAAGCCCAGAUGGUAUCACAGCCUUAAAGGAUAGAUGCCUGUCUACAAACUACAAACGAAGCGUGUGUGUGUGUGUGUGUGUGUGUGUGUGUGUGUGUGUGUGCAUAUAUAUAUAUAUAUAUAUAUAUAUAUAUGUAUAUGUGUGUAUUAAUUACUGGAGCAGUAGAUGGCACAUACACUAUACGUAGAAAUCCUUCCUUGGAACCUUGAUGAGUGUGUGACAGCCUGAGAAAACCCUUCACGCUGCCAAUGUCUACUUAACUGUGAAAGCUGCAGGCUUUUCAGUAUCUGUCUUCACAUAUCUCAACCAGAAGUACAGGUUUGAAUUCUACCUUUCUAAUCUGCUUGCUUUUAAACAACUCCAGACUUAGAUAGCAAUCUUUGGACUUAGCUAGUCUGAUUCUUUUCACAUCUUUCCAGUAUUUACUGAUACCACAAACACACACACACAUACAAAUAUCUUUGAAAAGGUUUUAGAGACUGUAAAGUGCAGAUAGUUAAAAUGUUUCACUACAGACACGUGUUUUUAACCCCGUGACACAGUUUGAUCAGCAGUGUAAAGAACGGAUGGAUAGAUGGAUUUUCGAAAGGGCUGAUAUUACACACGCCUCUUGGGGUGCCUUACGUAUCAUGAAAGUUUCCAGGCUCCUGUGUAUCAGGUCGAACACAUUGAUGCUUUUUGGAUAACGUGUUUGCAAUUUAAUAAUAAUAAUAAUAAUAAUAAUAAUAAUAAUAAUAAUAAUAAUAAUAAUAAUAAUACAACCAAGCUGAAUUCUUCUUCUUCUUCUUCUUCUUCUUCUUCUUCUUCUUCUUCUUCUUCUUUGAAUCAUUGAUACACCCUUGUGCAGAUGUGCCAGAUGUUUAUGUACUGUUGUACUGCAUCUGAAUCGACUGCAUUAUCUGUAAUGACUACAAGAAAAUUUGAGAAUGUAAAUGUGUGAAGACAUUGGAUUCAGGUGCCUUCUUACAUAACUGUUGCACCUUUUUUUCCCCCCCCCUCAACUUUUCUCUGUUGCUCAAGGAGCAGCUCUUAAAUUCUUUAAAUUCUUAUGAAAUAGUCACCGUGUUUCAUUUGGUGGAAGAUUUUUCUGAAGACGCUGUUCGUGUGGGCUUUUCUUUCAAACAGAAGGGUUUAAAAAUGAUUUGAAAUCUUUCCUAAAUAUCCGUAAACGUGUGCCUGGAAUUGUUAAACGCGAUCCUGAAGCUAAAAAAGUGAAUAUUUUACAUCAGUUCAGUGAAAUAUAUUUAUGGUUAUGUAUUUAUGUAUUACUUUCUUGUGGUUUUUGCAGACCUCCGCACACAAGUCGAGGUGUUGGUUAAUUUGAUUCGUUUCUCAUUUCUCAUUGGCUGCGUACAAUCAUCAGAGCACCGUAUCAGUCUGUAUACAUCCAAUGAAAUGUUGCCCGUGUUUUUCAGCCUUAUUUUUAUCUACCACAUUUGUACUAUAGAAGUGAUAACCAUAAACCAGAAUAUAAAAAUCAGAGCAACCGUAAAUGCAAAAGUUUUGUGUAAUGGAAACUUAAAGGCAGUUAAAAAUAAUAAUUCAUGCCUAAUACCUUAGUUGCAAAUACUCUUAUUUGUAUUAUUUGUUUUUAUCUAGUCACAUUUAUCACAUUUAUUAUUUCGUAUUAUAAAAUUUCAAUCAAUUCAAUCAACCAAAUAUACUGUAAGCUGAUUAAGCAUUUAAUAUGUUGUUUUGCUGUUUAUGAGAUUUACAUGUUUUUAUUCUCUUGGCAGAUAAUUUAGAUUCUUUCUAGAAAUUACUGCUUAAAUUGAGCAAAUCCAAAUCGAACAAGAUCAUUUAGAGCUUAGAUUUUGUAAAAUAUGUCUAGCCUUUAAUAUUAUUAGAUUCGGUUUAUUGUAAACUUAUAAUUAGAAACUGUAGAUACAUUUGACUUAAAGAUAUUUUGUCAGGUGUUCUCGUCAUAGCGCAUAUCACACGAACAGCACACAAUGUUAAGGAAAGCACAAGGACCUUGGAUUGUUUUUUACAGCAUUUGAUUAGUUUUGCUGUCUUUCUUUCACAUUCAUGUCACUUCUCUUAUGUUAAUAUAGAACAUUUUAGUGUUUGAAUGCAAUGGUGUAGUUUGAAUUCACGCGCUAUAGCUAAUCACCUGCGGUUUUUACUUAGUGUCUCUAAACACUUCACUUUCUUUCUCAUUUUGUACCUCACACAAAUGCACACACACACACACACGUGCAUACUCUACACAUACUCUACAAUAUACUUUACAAAUGUGGUAGAUAUAAUAUUCAAUUGAAAAUAAUUUUUUGAAUUUAUUUCUGUUCUGAGAAUUCUAGCUUAAGGUAUAAUGGGGCUUUGAAACACACUGGAUUUGUUCAUGGAUACAGUUUUAUAUAUGAAAUGAUCAGUAAUAAAAAUAAACCUGUGUAUCAGUAUGUUUGGCUCGUUUUAAACGAGAUUUAAGGUUUCGAUUAUGAACAAAUGAAAUGAAAUCUCUUCUGCAGAGAGCCAGUAUGUUACUCAGUAUGUAAAUACGAUUUUAAUACUUACUUUUGUUGGAUAUUUAAAUGUAUUAUUUUGUAUGAAUAAAAUAUGUAUCAUAUGAUCAUAAUAUACAUUUCAGCGUUCUGAGAUACAUCUGAAUAAAAUGGGAUGUUGUUAUAAAGGUGAAA